GAAGGGCGAGAGACCGUCGCCACAGUUGAUCGGCGUCGGCCCGCGCCGUGUUUCCCCGCUGUCGUCACCGACGUAAUCAACCUCGAGCGCGGCCAGCGUCUGCCCGACGAGCGUGGCGCAGCGUCGGGCAGGCCCCGCAGACGUCAGCACAGCCCCCAGCGCUCCCCCCUCGGCUCGGUGAGUGGGAUAGACCCGUCUGCGUCGCUCGGGUGGGGGGACCUUUUUCCGGUCGCGGCCUGGCGUGGGGGCAUAAAAAAAGUGGUCAAUCGAGACGUGUACGCUGCGUGUGUAUCUGCCCCCCGAGAGAAGAAGUCCUUGCCUCCUCGCGAAUGGAGAGUGCAAACAGUCUGAGCCCAAGGCGACUUUCCGCCAUUGGUGCGAGUCAAAAGUCGCGGCGACAGUCUUACGCGGGGCAGUCUCUCUCUCAGGACUCAGCUCCUGCCGGCGGCCAGCUCAAGCGGGUGCCCACAGUGAGCGGACCGGUGUCUGCCUUGGACAGCAUACAGAUGUAUCGGCUCGACGCUAACCACCGGGCUUCGAGCUCGAGCGCCUCCCGGCGCACCAGCCGCAACGAGGAUUCCUUCACCUGUUCGCAGCAGAGCAUCCUCAGCGCCAUGGAUCGGUUCGUCAAGUCUGUGAACAACAUGGAUGCCACGGUGCUGGUGCCCUCGAGACUUCGCGACAUGGACCUCACCGACAAGUCGGGUCGGGCGCCGCCGGCCAACUUGAUGCAGACCGACCUCUACUCCUUCUACAACAUGCUCAACGACGUCAAGAACGAGCUGCUGUGGGGGCCCAGCGCGGCCGCUACCUCGGCCGUGGUGCCGCUGACCGGGGCGCUGCUUCGGCCGCCCCCGAAGCACACGCGGCAGCCCUCUGACGACAGCCUCGGCUCCACGGGUUCCACGUCCGACACCGACUCGGACGUCGACAGCGUGGUCACGGACCGCGACGGGCUCGAGCAGAGCCUUCACCUGGCCGCCGCCUUCAGGCAUCACCUGCAAGGACUGCACGCCAUCCUGCACCAGCUCGCCGACUCGGCCGACUACCUGGCGUGCAGGUAUCAGGAGGAAGUGGACGCAUCGGCGCUCUGAUCCCUUCCACAUCGUGCUGUGCGUGGGGAAGGCCACAACGGGAUACUAUACAGUGCUCCAUCGUCGCCACUCCGAACGAUGUUUAUACAGUGUGCUCGCUUUUCUGUCGACUCCCGCCGUCUGCCCCCCCGCCCCUCAAGAGACCGAGCAAAGAAGAAAAUUUGUCAAACCCCACCCCAACCCCGCGCAAACCCUGCGAAACAGGGCCGUCUAAAUCCCACGUGAAAAGAAAACUGUCUUCGUUUGCUCGCACUUAUUUUUUUUUUCUUUGCCAUGACACGUGGAUGACGCGACAGGUCUGUCUUGUUUGUGCCAGUUUCGGUUUCAGCGACCGAAUCCACGCCACGCGCUCAGAUUCGGGGCAGUCUCGUUCUGUGAUCAACAGCUCUGUUCUUUUCCAUGUAAGUUUUAAUUCGACAUUUCUGACCCGCUGCCCCGUAGCAGCGUAAAACCACAUUUUCUUUCCCUGUCGUCCCCCCCACUUAGUGCGGCUGGUAUGUCUGUCAGGUUGCCCGCCAGAAACGUUUAUCUUCGUUGCAAAGCGCCUUUACGCCCCAGGGUUUGGUUGUGCGGAUCACGAUAUGGCGGCUUGUCCCUGCGCUCGGAAUAAGAGGGCACGUAGAAUGCGUAGCGGGAAGUUUUCGUUUUCCGGGUGAACCUGGUAAGACUCCGCGAAAAUGGCUGCGGGAGGUCCCGUAUGUGGGCCAGUAGUGUGUUAACUUAUUUCGCUGCGCCUCGCGCAUUUCGGCGGCCAGAUCCCCCGAAGCUACGUCACGAUGUUUUUUUCUUUGUAUCUUCUUGUCAUUUUUUUUAUAUAUACUAAGAGAGUAGAGCAACCGAUCGUAACAGUUAGCUAACAGCCCCGCGAUGCGCGCACUUUUGAUGAGCGGCCGUUGCCAAAAUUUUUUUAAGGUUUUGCACGAAGCGCCAUUUUUUUUGCCAUCUCUUGCCACACUCACCAUUUUGCAUUUAACCGAAACGUCACGAGUAAUUUUUUCACGUAAUAAAAGGGCGUUUCUGUGUAUCGGGCGCGGCGCAAAAGUUCUCGAUUCAUGUAACCUAAAAAAAAAAAAAUCGUGCAACAUUCCAAGCUGCUUAAUUAGUCGCUAACCGCUGUAUGGGAGAAUACUCACAAUUUUUUUUUUUUUUUUGCUGCUCAUCUGACAUGGUUGUUCUUCGUUCGGUGUAGCGACGCGAGCUAUAGCUUCUCGGGGAUAGUUGUGUGUUGCGGAGCUUUAAAAAAAAAAGUGUGUUUGAGCGAGUGCAUGUGUGUACAUAUGUAAAUAUGACUACAUAAUUUUUUUUUCUUUGGCUCGAGUGUGCACAACGAGGUAAACUAAGCAAAAACGAAAGAAAUUUAGACACUUAUGACAUGUUCUGUUUUUUGUUGUUUCUAAUGACGAAAAGUCUAAAAAGUAACCAGUCAAAAAGCAGCGUGAUUGUCGUGUUCUGUUAGAACGUGAGAGAUGAAAACAUUGUACUUGUCGCACCUUUGUAAAUUGGAAAGGAAGAUGAUCAUCACUCUGUUGUUCAUUUGACAGAAGCGAAUUAAAAACAGAGCUACAUUGACG